AUGGCCGGUCCAGCAACAACGGGGGUGACAUACCCAGCUCUCCCGAAGACACUCCUAAUAAUCUCGUUAAAGAUGUAUUUCACCCCUUCGCGGACGCUGGAAUACCUACGAGAAUUGCUCGAGCCACGGAACGAGAUCGUCUGCGCCAGAAACAGAUCAAAACUCCUACUCGCCCUCAUCCCGGACUUCCUGACCGUCUAUCCAUGCUCUGAGGUGGUCAAGGAGUUCACCACCAAGCAGCCCGGUGCGCAGCAGUCGACGGCGGAAUCUGUCCCGGGACCCUUGUCGCAACCACCUUCCUUCCUGCUCGGAGCCCAGGAUUGCUUCUGGGAGGCUGCGGGCCCGUAUACAGGGGAAGUGUCGCCCGCCAGUCUACGCUCGAUGAACGUGUCGAUAGUCGAAUUGGGCCAUGCAGAGCGCCGGGCAAUCUUCAAGGAAACAGACGAACAGGUCGGGCGGAAAGCUGCAGCCGUCAGCGCACAGGGGAUGGUCCCACUUGUGUGUGUGGGCGAAAUACCCGUCCCUGGGCCUGUGAUGUCAGAGGCUGUUGGAGUGGCGGUAAAAGAGUGUGAGGUUCAGGUCAGAGCAGUGCUUGAUGCGAUUCCGCAGGAUGCGCCGUGUAUCUUUGCCUACGAGCCAGUAUGGGCAAUUGGACAGCCAGUUCCAGCUGGCGUCGACCAUAUAUCUGCCGUGGUUCAGGGGAUACGGAGCGUCAUCGACAGGGUGCGCGGCGGCUCGAGCAGAGGGGAGAUCAGAGUGAUAUAUGGAGGCAGUGCAGGGCCGGGGCUUUGGGCGCAAGGCGGGCUAGGGAAGGCUGUCGAUGGCAUGUUCCUGGGUCGGUUUGCCCAUGAAAUCGAAGGAGUACGGAAGGUAGUCCGAGAGGUCGAGGAGAGCCUUGAAUAA